AUGUCACGAGAAGUAAAAAGUCUUGGAUCUAAGCUAACCAAUUCAAAACCCAAUACACCAUCAUCAUUAAAUAGCAGCUUAAGACUCGAUGCGGCAUCAUCAAACGACACUUCCAAACCAGAUUGCUACAUGAAACUACUGAGCUUAGUGGAAAACAAAUUAUUUUUAGAAGACUUUAAAUCGAUGGUUGGGCCUGUAGCAGUAAGUGAAAAUAAGUUAGAAGCUGCCGCGAGUAUUCCAAUAAUGAAGAAUGAAAAUAUUGAGAAUAUAUUACAACAUAUGACCUUGUAUUGGACUUUCAACGAAGAAAAUAAUAAUGCGCGAAACAAUAGUCAGCAAUAUGAAAGCUAUUUUAAUUCAGCUUUCUAUGAUUUGGCGAAAGAUAAUGUAACGUAUGAAAAAUUAGAAGAAAUCUGUCGUAAUUAUGAAACACUCAAAAGUGCUAACGUUGAUUCUGCAAUGGCAGAACACAGUCGACGUGUUGCUAAAACAACUUCACAUUUCAAUGGUAAAGGUUUAACGGAAAAUGAAGCUAAAGCAGCAGCAUUAGCCAUUUCAUUCUAUUCCGGUACAAAAAGUGGAGUACCUAAGCCAGUUAAAAGUGAUCCAACCGAUAAAAGACAUAUUGAAUAUCGCAGUAAUAGAGCACUUGUUAAUAAGCAAAGUAAAGAACAGUCAGUUGAAACGUUUAUUAUCUGCCAUAAUUUACUACGCGCAGUUUCAACACUUUUAUACUAUCAAGGUUAUGUCUCACGAUCUUGCCGUUUGAACGAUGAUGAACUAGGAAUUUAUACAGCGGGUUCGGUAGUUAUAUGGUCUCAAUUUAGUGGUACAUUUAAAGGCGAAACGAUUCAUAAUAGUUCUGAAUUUCCUCAUCGAAAUACAUUUUUCAAGAUUUAUUCCUUAACUGGGCGCCCGAUUAAGGAAUUUUCAAAUUAUGACGAUGAAGACGAGGUUUUAUUCUUACCUGAUUCGACGUUUCUUAUAUUAGAACAUACUCAUUCUCAUCACGGAACACAACAUGUUAUUUAUAUGCGUCAAGUCGAAUUAGGCAUAUCAAAAUUCUCUGUAUUAUGGGUUGAUGAUGAAAUCUUUCAAGAUAAAUGGGAUAAUAGAAAAUAUAUGGUCGAUGCAGAAGCAAAAGAUCUAAAGAAAAACCUACGUUUCAUACAGAAAUCAUCCACUGAUACUGCAUUAUCAUUUCUUGAGUCACCUUUUGGACAACGUCUUAAAAAUAGAGCCACAUUUCGUAUUGUUAGUGACAUGCAUCGGGCUAAUGAAGAAUCUCCUGGCAAUGCAGGUGCACGUUUGAUAAAAAGACUAAGACAACUUGGAUUUAAUAAUCAAUGCUUGUUAUUUGUGGGUGAUAGAAAUAAUGCGGAAGAAACUAUUAAUAAAGAAUUGAAUAAUAAUGAAAAAAAAUUUGCAAGUGUCACUAAUUCCGAAAGCGAUUUGAUAAAUUUCAUUAACUUCGCGUAA